AUGGAGAAGAUGGAUAGCAAUUCCCAGCAUGUCGAGGGGAUACAUGCAAAGGAGGGAGAUCUUAGCCCUGGGGCUGUCGAGUCGGGAAAGCAGGAGGCAUUCUAUGUCGAGGACCGAGUCGCCCAUCUCACCGAGGAACAUCGCCAGUAUCUGCUCGCCCGUCACGGUACCCUGGAUUUGGAUCCCAUUCCAGACAUGAAUGAUGCGGACCCGUAUAACUGGCCGAUUUGGAGGAAAACCGUCAACCUAACGCUGGUCGUCUUCCACGCUAUGAUCGGUCUCUUCACCGCGGCAUCCAUCCAGUCCGCCUUUGUCAAUAUCUCCGAGGACCUUGGUGUCAGCAUGCAGCGAACCAGCUACCUGGUCUCUCUCUUCAUCGCUGUUCUCGGUGGUGCACCUCUUUUCUGGCGUCCGCUCUGCAACCGGUUUGGCCGCCGGCCCAUCUUCCUGAUCUCGCUGUCCUGUGCGCUCGUCGGAAACAUUGGCUGUGCGAACAGCCACUCCUAUGGAACUAUGGGAUUGUGCCGUGCUAUCACGGCGUUCUUCAUUAGUCCCGCGGCAGCCAUGGGAAGUGCCGUUGUCGCCGAGACUUUCUUCGAGAAGGACCGCGCGCGAUGCAUGGGUUACUGGACCUUGAUGGUGACCCUGGGUGUCCCAGUUGCGCCGUUCCUUUUUGGAUUCAUGGUGAUGCGCGUCGGUUACCGCUGGAUCUACUACGUCCUGGCUAUCGUCAACGGCGUCCAAUUCCUUUUGUACUUCUUCUUCGGCUCGGAAUCCCUCUACCUCCGCAACGAGAACGCUCCCAGCCAAAUCACCAGCGUCAAGGAUAGCAUCUUUAAGUUCCGCCGCAUCGACCCAUCCCCCCUUCGCCUGUGGGACUUCGUCCAACCCCUGACCUAUGUCGCCAAGCCCUGCGUGUUCAUCCCAGCCUGUGCCUACGCCAUGAUCUUCCUCUGGGGUAGCAUUGCCCUCACCAUUGAGAUCCCGCAAAUCUUCCCCGAGCAAUUCGGUUUCAACACCCAGCAAGUUGGCAUGCAGUUCCUCGGUGUGAUCAUCGGCUCAGUGAUUGGUGAGCAGGUCGGUGGCCUGAUUAGUGACAGAUGGAUGGCUCAGCGACAGAAGAAGAUCGGUGCUCCUCCAGCGGCUGAGUACCGUCUGUGGCUGAGCUACAUCGGACAUGCGUUGACGAUCGUCGGUGUCGCUGUGUUUGCGGUACAGUUGGGCAAGGCUGGUGAUAAGUGGAAUAUCACGCCUAUUAUUGGCGCAGCUAUCGCUGCUGGUGGUAAUCAGAUUGUUACUACGAUCAACAUCACCUAUGCUGUCGAUUGCUACCGUGCGGAUGCGGCUAGUGUCGGUGUGUUCAUUACAUUUGUGCGACAGACUUGGGGAUUCAUUGGGCCCUUCUGGUUCCCUCAGAUGUUCGAGACUGUCGGAUGGGGUGGUGGCGCAGGUAUUGCUGCGGCACUGAUGGUGGCUGUCAGUGUUAUCCCGACCGUCAUUCUCCAGUUCCGUGGAUCCAAGUGGCAUUAG